GGCCGCUCCGGCUCCGCUCCGGUUCCCAGUGCCUCCCCUGCCGCACCCCCUCCCCGCCUCCCGCACCCGCCAAACUUGAUGUGACCCCAGCCCGACGCGGCGGCUGCCCCUCUCACCGCACCGCGCGCCCCCCACCGCCACCCCGCCCCGCACCCCCCGGAGCGCACCACUCACCGCGCCCCUUCCCACCUCCUCGCCGGGGCCGGGCGCCGCGCGCCGCGCUCGCCCUCCGCGUUCCCUUCCCCUCGCUACCCCCACCCCCACCCCACCCCCCGCACCAUGAGCAACCUGAAGACGGACGGCGAGCACAGCACCAGCACGGGCACAGGCACGGGCUCGGGCUCCGGCGGCACCCUGGAGGAAGAGGUCCGGACGCUGUUCGUCAGUGGCCUUCCUGUGGACAUUAAACCCAGAGAACUCUACCUGCUCUUCAGGCCGUUCAAGGGGUAUGAAGGGUCCCUGAUCAAGCUCACAUCAAGACAGCCUGUUGGUUUUGUGAUCUUUGACAGCCGGGCAGGAGCAGAAGCAGCCAAGAAUGCACUGAACGGUAUUCGCUUUGAUCCUGAGAACCCGCAGACCCUGAGGCUAGAGUUUGCCAAAGCCAACACCAAGAUGGCCAAGAACAAGCUAAUGGCUACACCAAAUCCCACCAACGCUCACCCCGCCCUAGGAGCACACUUCAUCGCACGGGACCCCUAUGACCUCAUGGGAGCUGCUCUGAUCCCCGCAUCCCCGGAGGCCUGGGCCCCCUACCCUCUCUACACCACAGAGCUGACCCCAGCCAUCUCACACGCUGCGUUCACCUACCCAGCUGCCACUGCCGCCGCCGCCCUCCACGCUCAGGUGCGCUGGUACCCUUCCUCUGAUCCCACCCAGCAAGGAUGGAAAUACCGGCAGUUCUGUUAGUUCUUCAGUCUUGUCACCACAGCUCGAAGCCCCCAGCCCACGGGGGAGGAAGCCGCCCUGAGCUUCCACUGCCCUCAGUCGGCCUGUGCAGAGCGGCUGCUUCCCUCCAAAGACUGUGAAUUUUAAGCCUGACUCAGUGGACUGCUUCCUGUCUCCUUUCUCUCCCCUUCCUCAGCCCUGUCCUGCCCACAAAACCCCUCUCCAAGGCCUCACAGUAGGAUUCAGGGGCCUUCUUGCUGGGACCCCCAGACCCAGCUCGGAGGCCUCACUGGGACUGAGCAAGGCCUGACCUCCAGUCCAAAUUUGCGUCUGAAACUCCACCUCAAAGAAACGAGGCGUUUAAUUUUGCAUGUUUUCUGGCAUGAAUUAAGACACUUAAACUUGUGUGUAUGUGAGUGUACAGUUUGUUCUCACAUUGUGUCGCCAUAGCAACAGGUCCCGGCCACUAAUGGCUCAUCAUUCCGGGUCCCUCUCCCCACACCCCUCCCAGCACCCACCCUGCUUCCCUGAGGACCAAGCCCUACAGCCGGUUCCGCUUGGCGCCCCCCACCCCACCCCACCCCACCCCCCACACUUCCAGGCUGAACAGGAAGGACCACCCAGCCAAGGCAGAGCGUUUUCUUGGUCAUUUCAAAUCGGGGUCCUCCGCUUCCUCCUCCUCAGAUGGGCCAACAACCGAUCAGAACCACCCCCCCUGUUUUGCUUACCUCUCCACGGCGCGCCCCACCCCUGCCAUGGCCCCGCAUUCUUUCCAAACUUCGAAACCAACCAAAAAGUGAAAGUAUUUUUGUACCCUGUGUAACAAAAUAUUUAUGCAUCAUAAAGGAUUUUUUUUGUGUGCGUGUGCAAUUAAUUAUUGAAGAGACCUUGUCCGCCCUGUCAGAGAAGUUUAACGUUCAGUUUGAGGCGUGAAGAGAAAAAGGGUUUCCGUUCUCCAGCAGUGAGCCUUAGCGUCAGCCGUUAGUUUAAGGAAAAUGAAGGAAAAAUUGUGCAAUUUUUUUGUUUCAUGAGCACGUCAGUGCUCUGCCUUUGGCCGCAGCCGUGGCCGUCUUGCCGUUUUCAGACGUGGGAGACGAGGUGGCUGUUGUAAUUGCUGAUCCUGUGAGAAUGUGAAACUGGAUAAUAUAUGAAAUGCAAAAUAAAAAAAAAAAAUC